AUGAAGUUGCUCUACAUCCUACUUCACGUACUGUUGGUGGGGAAAAUUCUUGCAGUGAAUAUCUCACGCAACAAUGAUGGACACAAUCACCAGCAAGAUGCUCUCCAGCCUACCACUGGAACUAACCCAACGGGAGGUUCCAGCCCCGCUGUAAUGCCCGAAAACAAGGCACAAAAUGAAGAAAACAAUGUAGUAUCUAGCAAUGGCCAAACUCCUCCCACAUCCCAGGAGAAGAAAGGACAAGACAAUGCAAAACCAGAGAUUUCUAACGCGAAAGAUGCUCCUGAGAAGUCUGUAAAACCGACGGACGCAACUAAUGAAACAGGUGGUAAGCCCGGCGCAGUGAAUGCAGGUGGGUCUGACCCCGCUAAAGUAACGGACGCCGGUAAAGGCGCUGAACAGAGUGUCACCUCCCUUCAAGCAGGAGAAAAAAAGGUGGAAGUAUCAAGUGGUUCUAAAAGUGAGCCUUCUGUCCCCCAGCCAAAUGGCCAGGCGGCCAAGACAUCUGAGUCACCGCAGGUUGAUGUCAAUGUUUACAGCGCUGUGAAGGCAGAUGAAGGCCAGCAACCUGGAAAGGCUGCCGAGGGGACGGCGGUACCGGCCAAACCUACCGCUGUGGCACAGGAAGUAGUGCCAAAACCCCAAGAUGUCAAGGGUCUUGGAACCAAGGGCACAUCUGAGAGUGAGGAGCCUGGCAAGGGAGGAAUGAGCAACACUGUAGAGAAAGAAAUCAAGGUGCACCAUGAAACCCAGGGUCAGAACGAUAAAGCCUCAGAGCCUAACAUCAACGCGGGGAGUGACAACAAAGCUCAACAACAAGGCGAUAAACAGGAAAAGGAGGUCAAGGACUCUCCUCAGCAGAACAAGCUACCUGAUGAAGCUGUAGCCGCAAAGGUGACUAAUGGAGAUGCUAACCCUAAAAAGGAGAAGGAAGAGGGUGCGAAGGAGCAGCAACUCGUCGCUCCGGGUAAGGAUGGUCAUGACACACCGGUGGCAGAAUCACAACAACCCAAAAAAGAGGAGACCACUCUCGAAACGUUGGUCGCAUCAGGUUCAAUAUGUCACAAACAAGAGAAGCUUUCGGAUUAUUUAAAGGAGCAACUCAAGGGCGGCGCAUUGAGGGAAAUAUUCGACCCGCAACGUCCAAACCAAAGAAUGGAAAGAUGUAGACAACUAGUGAAGAACAAGCCUACGGUGUGCAAGGCUGAAGGCAUCAAACGUCAGAGAUUAUGCUUAGAUGUUAAGCUGACCACUACUAUUGCGGAAUACCUAACUUAUGGUGUAUGUACGGUAGAAGCCGCGCUCAACCAGAUGUACCACAAGCGGUACAGAGGAGCUUAUGUAUCCGAUGAAAUUGCCCAGUAUGUUAAAACACUCCAAACGUUCUUUUCUCUCUCGGGUGACUCUAAAAAGAAAUACGGCAAUCUGCUGAAGAUUCUUGAGUUGAUACAACAACUCUUCCUUGAUGCCGAAAAAGCCCUAGUUUCGCCGGAGGUUCAAGCCGUACUCUAUAAGAGAUGGGAUUUGCUUGACACUAUUUUCUGCGCUGUAGCGUCAGGUGUCCCUAAUGAUCUGGUUAAAGCUAUCACCGAGGAAGCCGAUUCCAAGUCAUCUCACGCAAUCGUGGAUCUCGAAAGUUUUAUCUCACAUGCCGCCGAUGUAUUCAUGGAUGCAUACAAGCCGUUGGCGAAACUUGUAGCUAUCCUGGAGGAACACGUAAUUAAGGAUGUGAUAGAAAUCGAUAAGGAGGAUUUCAUGGAUAAGACCCGUGACUUAGUGAAAAGCAUCUCAGACCAACACGUGCCUUCAAUACCGAGCGGUGCACUCGAUUCCAUGAGACAGAUUCCUCAUGCCGGUCUCAACGCUGAAGAAGUUCAGCGUGUUACCUCUAUGAUUAGUCCAAACGUCAGCCUCGUACAACGUGCCCAACAGGUCUCCAGUGUGGGAAACAGGGAAGACGCUGUAUCACCGAACGAUGCAAUUAGAGAGGCCCUGCUCAGCCUGAACAUAUUCAAAAUUGAAGGCAAUCACAUCAAACCAGAGAUCGAUAGUGAAGCCGUCAAGACCAUGGUCCGUGAAGCUCUCCUUAGCUUGAGGUAA